AUGGACUUGUCAAGUGCGUCAACAACUCAACAGGAGGAGCCAUUGGAUUUAUCAGUCAGCACCCAUGAAAAUGCGGAGAUGUCUGAAGAGGAUCCACAAGUUCUGGCUUACCAACAUAUGAUUCUGGCAUUAAUGCUGAACAACCCAAACAUUUUGAAUACGCUGAUCCAAAAUAAUUUUAACACGCUGAUGGAAAACAAUUUGAAUGCGCUAAUCCAAAACAUGCAGAAUAUGGCCAACUCUCCGUCGGUCCCAACUCCUGAAGAUCCUCCUGAAAGUGAAACAAAGGAAAAUAUCAGUUCAAUGCUCAAAGAGCUCGAGGAGCACGAAUCGACACCUAGUCCAACACAUGCUCCAAGAAGGACAUCAACAGGGAAAAUCGAUCGGAGGAUGAUCGGAAAAGGGGGUGCCAGAAGAGUGGAAGCAAACGCGCGAGAAAGAAAUCGAGUACAGAUGUUGUCCAAAAAAUUUGACGAAUUAAGAAUAUGUCUUCCGAUGGAGGAUGAUGCAAAAGUAUCGAAAUUGGCCACACUAAAAGUUGCCGCCGCAUACAUUGGAUUUCUCGGUGCUGUUCUUAAAGAUGACGAAAAAGAGGAAGACACAUUUCGAGAAAUUUUACUGGCGGAGAUGGAAAGUGCGAAAACGCACCAGCUCCGGAGCUCCAGCUCCGGAGCUCCAGCUUCAGAGCUCCAGCUCCAGAGCUCCAGCUCCAGAGCUCCAGCUCCAGAGCUCCAGCUCCAGAGCUCCAGCUCCAGAGCUCCAGCCGGACCCCCCUUCUCUGGUCCCUCUUUGGAGCCCAGAGAAGAAGAGAACUGA